AUGUCAUUAUCGCAAUUUGAGGACUUGUUGGCUUUGGUUGCACCUUAUAUCACAAAACAGACUGUGACUCGAGAUCCCAUACCUGCUGCAGCACGGUUAUCCAUGACAUUAAGAUACUUGACUAGUGGUGAUUCAAUGAACUCCAUGUCAUACCAGUAUCUUGUUGGAUUUACGACAGUGUCAAACAUUAUUGCCGAGACAUGUGCAGCAUUGUGGGAUUGCCUUGCGAAAGAAGUGCUUCCUUUUCCAUUAAGUAAGGAGGAUUGGCUCAAUAUCGCACAAAAUUUUGAAGAUCGGUGGAAUUUCAAUCAUUGUAUUGGCGCAAUUGAUGGGAAACACAUUGCUAUUCAGUGUCCCCAUAACGCUGGCUCUUUAUAUUACAACUACAAGAACUAUCAUAGUAUUGUACUGCUUGGGAUAUGUGAUGCCAACUAUAUGUUUACAUUUGUCGAUAUCGGAGCUUAUGGCCGGCGCAGUGAUGGCGGAAUUUUCCGAGAUUCUAUUGUGGGCCAGAAAUUUUAUAAUAAAGAAAUGAGACUGCCAGAACCUGAGAAACUCACAGUUGAUGGUGAUCCUAUGCCAUAUGUUCUUGUUGCCGAUGAGGCAUUCCAACUAACUGAUUUUUUGCUAAGACCAUAUCCAGGAAAAGGAGGACUUAAUCACGAAAAAAAUAUUUAUAAUUAUCGCCUCAGUCGUGCUCGUAGAACAAUCGAGAAUACGUUUGGAAUUCUCGUGAGCCAAUGGAGAAUAUUGAAAAAGCCUAUAGAUGCUACUGUAAAAAACACAAUGCAAAUUGUUCAAGCCAUCAUUUGCAUUCAUAAUUGGCUUCGAAAACAAGAUUUAGACAAAAAUGAAUAUAUUUCUGCGGAUAUGAUUGAUUGUGAUGGACCUAAUAGUUUUAUUCCUGGAAAUUGGAGGAAGGAAAUGGAUAGCAGUCAUGCCUUGACAGAUCUUGGUAAUUGUGGCAGUAACAAUUCUUCCCGAGCUGCUAUAAAUAUCAGAAACGAAUUUUGUGAUUAUUUUAACGGUGAGGGUGCUAUACCCUGGCAGUAUCUUCGACGGCAGUAA